AUGGCACAUAGCGAGAGGGCCGGAUUGGCAAGUGGAUUGGCAGGCUUGAGGAUUGAAACUUCGUUUCAACCGCAUCAGCGAUGGGCGAAUGAAGGUGGAAGAGCGACACCAGCAGGCGACGGUAUCGAGAGCGAACACAUCAAUCAAUCUCAUGAUCAUGCGCGUCGCCGCGAUGCUGAUGAAGACCACAGUUUGUUAAGUGAUCUACACUCGGCGACCCCUCCCAUUGCCGUCCCUCGCCCCGACGAGCAUUUCGCCACAGACGAUGCCUGCAGCUAUUCGCAUAAACCCGAAGAAGUCCAGGGGUCGCCACUCGAUAGCUAUUUGCAGUCUCGUCGACCAUCGAUCUCAUUUAACCCGAACGUCUCUGUGGAGUCUGGGAAACAAGUCCCACUGGAGGAGCCCCUCUCGACGGGAGAUGUGAAAAACCGCCCUCCACAAAGAUUCGAAUCUCGCAGCUCAGGGCUCCGAAAUGCCCUCUCGCAAGAUGACGACCAUGAGCAUCAGAUGGACGACUCUCCGAACUGGAGUCCCAAGCGAUUUCAAGAUCGGGGUUUCCCGACCGGGUCGACCCGCGCUCAGCCCUUUGUGAGGCCCGAGGACGGAAAUACGAUGAACUCUGAGAUCGGCUGUCCGACAUCCCUCACGUCGCAGUCGACUGUAUCUCCGCUCACGGACGAAGCACGAACCCCUCCCGAUGAAUCCAACCACACGAUGCUGUCGCCGUUUUGCGUGCCGUCGCCAACGCAGUCUUUCGCAUCGCCUGAAGAUCGCAGCAGCUCUUGGUCUGGAGCCAUUGCCACUCCGUUUGGAAGCAAGCGCAGUUCGGCUCUCGAUCGCAGCAGCAGUCUCCGGAACUCCACUCGUCACAGCUCUCGACGAUCAACCAUGUCAAGCGGCAAAUCACCAGCCAGCAUGUUCCUCUCUAUGUGGGGCAGCCGUGAAGAGCCUGUCUCACAGCCUGACGAUGAAGGCCAAAUGGUUGGGGACGACUAUGUUCUCGGAAAGCAAAUCGGCUUUGGGGGAUUCAGUACCGUAAAGGAGGCCUACAAGGCUGAAAAGCAUGGCGAGACUAAAACACUGGCUGUCAAGAUCGUCAAGAAACACAUCUCAGGGCGAAGCGAACAAGAAAAUGAUGAAGUGCAAGCCGAAUUCGACCACGAAGUGCGAGUUUGGCGGUACCUCAGCCACCCGCAUGUAUUGACGCUGGAUGCCGUGUACGAAACAGACUAUGCCACGUUCUGCUUCACCAAACUUGCUAUUGGCGGCACCCUUUUCGACUUGGUUCGUCAAAAUCGCUCUGGUCUUGAGCCCACCUUAGCAAAGAAAUAUGCAUACCAGCUGGCCUGCGCAAUUCGCUACCUACACGAAGACGCUCGGGUUGUUCAUCGAGAUCUCAAGCUGGAGAAUUGUCUCCUUGACCCUGUCGCUGGCCCCGAUGGCACAAUCUCUUCAACGCUGGUACUCUGCGACUUCGGAAUGGCGGAAUGGAUGUCCAUCGACAAUGGCGGCGAUUCUCCCGACCCUUACGAGGAUGCAGCUGACCGUCCGCCACCCCAGCAAAUGGGCCCAGCAGGCUCCAGUACCAGUGUGGCAGGUAGCUUGGAGUAUGCCUCCCCGGAGCUACUACAGUCUGUGGACGGUCUUAUCCAUCCAUCAGUUGACGUCUGGGCAUUCGGUGUGAUCGUCUACACCAUCGUCGUCGGCUCGCGACCAUUCCAGGACCCGUUCGCGCCUCGCAUUCAGGCCAACAUCCUCAGCGGCACCUGGGAUCAGAACGCCGUCUUUGGAGACACUGUCGACAGCCACCUCCGUCAACAUCGCGAGGAAGCCCUUGACUUGAUCCGCGGUUGCCUUGAAAUGGACCCUGUCAAACGCUUGACUAUCGGCGAGGUCCUCAAAUGCUCUUGGUUGCGAGAAAUCGCCGAGACUGCUGAGGUUUCUCCCGAUACUGUCUGGAAAUUAUGA